ACGCAGCUCGUAGGAGCUUCUCUUCAAAGGAGGUGCGUAAGCCUGCCAUUCGUGAAAGAGCAUUGGCUUGUACAUCUCGAAGGCGGCGGUAGCAGAAUACCCUCAACCACUCGAAGCAACGUAAUCAAUUUCAUGAAUAUGUGGCAAGUGGCAAUUUUGGCCGUACUGACCUGCUUCCCCACGUCUCAAGCUGACACGGUGUCCGAGGAAGACACUUCAUGCGACUUCAGAGGCCUCCGACUGCGGGAUGAGCUUACCCGGGUACUCGCCGAACUUCCCAAGGUUCCGGCAUUUGGUCCACAGGAGCUGAGCCCGUACUUUCCCGGACUUGAAAUAGCUGGAUUCACUGUGGAGGGCCUGGACCAGCUCAUUAUUUAUGGACCGCUUGUUCCUUACUGCCUUAACGGAACCCGCAUGCUGCAAGCGGACUUCUUCAACGAGGGCAACAUUGUCUUCACUUUGCCGUGGAAGGCGUGCUCUGGACACGAAGGCCGCUUCAAUGUUCGCGCCACGCUAUUCCGGUUCUCCGCUCAGUUUCGUGUCCUCGAGUCGCCUGACGGAGGCGUCAAGCUUCGACUGGCGAGUCGCAUCGUUCCUGUAACAACCCAGGGCCUACGCGCUUCGGUCGAAGGUGCCGGUCCUGAUGUGCACGACGCCUCUGAAAUGCUGAGCACGCUCAUCCCGGGCCUACUCGAACAAAUGUGGUACUGGGAGUUUUCUUUUGAAUUCGACAGAAGAUUUCGCCAAGCUUCCGGCUGAAGAAUGCUCAAAGAGAGUGUGCAGAAGGUCCGCGUGAUGUAACAUUCUACACGCUGUUAGUGUACAUUCUUUCUGAAACUUUAUUAUUUUAUCAGGAGAAAUAAAAUCGCUUAAAUAUGUCUA